UAUAUGUAAUAUAUUUCAUUCUUUCAAACAUUUUAAUUACAUUAGGGAUUUUGAGGGACCUUGUUGCAGUUAUGUUUCAAUAUGUUUAGGACAAAUACCGUAAAGCAUAACCACUGUCCCAUUUUCUCUAACAUUAUCGUUCCAUGGAGCCUUACAUCAAGAACUGUAAAAGAAGUCAGAAUUAUAGGCCUACACCAGUGUCCAGCCCUCUACGCCCAAAUGAAAUUCAUUUCUUGUUAGCCCGGCAUGGGGGACAUGAAGACCCCAGAUUUUGAUGACUUAUUGGCAGCGUUUGACAUUCCAGACAUCGAUGCCAAAGAGGCCAUUCAGUCUGCUCCCGAGGAAGCGGAAGGCCACCACAUCGGUGCUGGAGGAGUUGCAGGGAAAUCCAGUGGCAACGGAGCAGGGGUUGGAGGGAAUGGGAGCUCACUGUUAAGGCCAGCUAGCUCUCCAGACCACCACCAUCAUUCCCAAGCCCUAGCUCAUUCCUCACAGGGAGACCCAUCUGUUGUCAGUGUCAUUGUGAAGAACCGGGUGCGUCCUGACACUUUUGGGGAGACGGAGGUAGAUGUAGAUAAAGAUGACAUGGCUGGUAGUGGAGAGGUGGUGGGAGGAGUUGGUGGAGGAGUUGUCAUGGGCCCUAGAAUUCCAGGCCUGAUCUCUGAACCACUUGUUCACAAUGGAUUUGAGGCUAGCACUGCUUCCAUGGAUGCUACAUUGAGUCAGGCCCAAGGGCAGUCAAAUGGGGACCUGUGGGCACCCUGUUCUCCAAAAAUAGCAAGUGAGGGUGGGGGAAAUGGUAUGGGUGUAGGAACAGCCAACACUACAAAACAAAGUGGCAAUAUUUUCAACAGACUUAAACCCCUGAUAGCACAGAGUCCAGGGGACCCCAUGGGGAAGGUGCGCAAAAUGCUUCUCUUACAGCAACAACAGCAGCUUCAGGUACAGCAGCAAGAGCCCAUAUCUGAGGGGACAUGUAGGGCCAAGGCCUCAGCCCCAUGUGAUGCUGGUUCUACCUUGGUUCCUGGAGUCUCAGUAGGGAUGUCAUCUUCUUUCUUUGCACCUACCAUACCCAUGCACUCCAGUUCCUCCAUUCCCUCAUCUUCUCACACUGUCAGUUCACAUCUCGCUCACUCUGCCUUAAAUGAAGGCAUGCCAAACCCCUCUGGAGCACUCUCUCCAUCUCCCCUGCCCACCUCCCAGCCAUUCAAUGGUAGCCAACAAGGUGGGUUCCCCCACUUGGAAUUAGAAGAUGAAGAUUCAGAACCAGAUCUGGGGAGUCCGUUGGUAAUCCAGGAGAGCCCAGAUUCUCCAGCAUGCACUCCUCCAAAAUUCUCCCGGCGCCACAGGUCACCUCCUCAAAUUUUCAACACCACCUCUGCCCCUCCAAGUUCCUCAACGUCCACUUAUAUCAAGACUGAAGAGACUGCUCAAAGCGCAAGUCCUUCAUUACAGGCCACUGCUUCCCAGAGCUGGCAUGCUACACCACCUGCUUCCAGUCUGAACUCCACCCAUGAAGAAAUAAAAUCUGAGCAUGUUAUUGAGGAGCGGGACUCACCAGAGAGCCCUGAGCCCGAGAUGCCGUAUAGUGCACUCUCCAGCAGUUCAGUAUCUGCAGCCCCUGGUAGAAGCUCCAGUGCAGCUAUGGGUUCCAUUCCACUGGGGAAGGAGGAGAUGGAUGGAGGUAAAGAAAGGGAGGCUGUGGAUACAAAGGUAAGUGGCACCAGGCAUGUCAAAGCUGAAGCAGUGGAGGGAGAAAGAUCAGAAGAUGAAAAGAUGGAUGUGGAAGAUGGCGAGAAGUUUGACACAGGCGAUGCUGAUGGAGAGAAACCGCCCUCCCAGGUGGUGCCUGCUGGAGCUGUUACAUCUGCUGUCACACCUGGCACCCCCUCCAGGCCCCUCAAAGUGCGUAUCAAGACAAUCAAGACCUCCACAGGGGGAAUCACUCGAACAGUAACAAGAGUGGCACCCAAAGGAGCAGGAUCAGCGACUACAAAGGGGUCAGACUCCAAAGGUCCGUCAGGGGUACGCAAAGUCGCCAACAAGCCCAAGAAGGCCAGUGUCUCAUCCUCUGGUAGAGAAGGCAGCUCUCAGCAACAGGGUGCAAAAGGCAGCAUUAUGCCCGUGUCAACGCUUCAGGAUGCAAGCACAGCCAUGCUUUUGGCUGCCAGCAAAGCACAGAACAAAAUGGCUGCCUCCUCUGACAAGACCAAGGUCUCCGCUACAGCUGUCAGCAUCACAAGAACUGCUGCUCUUCCUGCAAUCUCAUCGUCCUCCAAUGCCGUCUCCUCUCCAAAAUUUGGCAUGAGCACCAGUGGGAUCAGUGUGCGCCCAGUGGGGCAGAAAGUAGUUAAUGGUGGCACUACUACCACCCAGAUCUCCAAGCCAGCUUCAAUAGUGAACAGCACUGGUGCUGUCAUCUCCCGCAGCCAGUCCAGUCUCGUGGAAGCCUUCAACAAGAUUCUGAACAGCAAGAACCUGUUGCCGAGCUACCGGCCAGACCUCUCAACACCUCUGCCACCCGAGUGGAGCCUCCCGCUGCCAGCCAAUGGCUAUCGGUGUCUGGAAUGUGGGGAUGCCUUUGCUCUGGAGCGCAGCCUGGCAAGGCACUAUGACCGCCGCUCACUGCGCAUCGAAGUCACCUGCAACCACUGUGCCAAGCGGCUCGUGUUUUUUAAUAAAUGCAGCCUGCUGCUCCAUGCUCGCGAACACAAGGAGCGUGGACUGGUCAUGCAGUGCUCCCAUCUGGUCAUGCGGCCUGUCUCCAUCGAGCAAAUGAUUGGCCAACAGGACACUACCCCCAUUGGAAUGCUGUCUCCCUCCCUUUCCUCUCCAUCCCUCACUUCCCCCUCCACAGCUUCUGUGGCUACAGCUCCUACCGCUGCAGCCCCCAGCUUGAUGAAGGAGGAGCCGGCCGCUCAGCCCAGCCCUGUCCGUCGGGCCUCUGACGGCACACAGGUGCUGCUGCCUCUACCCUGUAAGAAGGGAGAGGAGUUGCAGUAUAACGACUUCAAGUGCCCAGAGUGCCACACCCAGUUUGGGGGCAAAGCAGAGCUGGUGGCCCAUUUCCAGGAAGUUAAAGCAGCUUCAAACACUUCUUGCAUGCUGUGCUCCCCGGCCAUGAUGUUGCCCAACGCCUGCAGUGCUUCAGCUCACCAGCGCAUCCACAAACAUCGUUCCCCCUAUGUCUGCCCAGAGUGUGGAGGUACUGCCCGGCAAACCAGUUUCCAGACCCACCUGGAAGAGGCCUGCCUACACUUUGCACGCCGCAUUGGCUACAGGUGUUCCAGUUGCCAGGUGGUGUUUGGAGGACUAAACUCCAUUAAGUCCCACAUCCAGACUGCUCACUGUGAGGUCUUCCACAAAUGCCCCAGCUGCCCCAUGGCUUUCAAAUCAGGCCCCAUGGCCCAGGCCCACAUCACUACACAGCACCCCACACUAGGGCCUGCCCAAGCCAAGAUGAUAUACAAGUGUGUGAUGUGUGAUACAGUUUUUACCCAGAAGCCCUUGCUCUAUGUCCAUUUUGACACUCAUCUGGCCAAGCAGAAGGUGCACGUCUUCAAGUGUCCUGAUUGCACUAAACUCUAUGCACAGAAAGGGUCUAUGAUGGAGCACAUCAAGACGGCUCACAGGGGUCUUUCAGCGAAGCAGGAAGCUCCCACUACUGCCUCCACACUGGUCACCAGUGCUCCUCCCACCUCUGUUGCUUCUUCCAAACCCAAGUCCUCCAUCAAAACUGAAAGUUCAGAUGGGGAAGAUUGGGCUGGGGAACAGGAGGAUGAACAGGAAGAGGAGGAGCAUGAGGCAGACCAGGAGCACACAGACAACCAGGCUAGUGCUCCUGAAGCUGCGCUCACAAGUGUCUCUGGGGCAGCGCCUUCAGAGUGGAGCUGCAGACAGUGUGAGACUCGCUACUCGGAGCGGGAAGCCUACAUCUCCCACAUGAGGAAGGAGCAUGGCAAGUCAAUGAAGAAGUUCCCGUGCCGCAUGUGUGAGCGCUCGUUCUGCUCUGCCCCCAGCCUGCGGCGCCACGUGCGGGUCAACCACGAGGGCAUCAGGAGAGUCUUCCAUUGCCAGUAUUGCACGGAGGGAAAACGGACGUUCAGCAGCCGACUGAUUCUGGAGAAACACAUACGAGUCCAACACGGAAUUAGAGCACGGGACCAGGAAGCCCGACUGAGCCCUGCCCAGACCCGGAGGCGUGCAGAGUUGGGUCAGACCCGCAGCGAUGGACCAGACAACUCCUCUGAGCAGGAGGGUUGUCGCAGCACCUUGGGGGCCGGCUCUGGCGAGGAAGAAGGAGAAGGAGCAGCAGGCAGUGGAGGCGAGGAGCUUACUGAAGGUGGGAGCCCUGCAAAGAGGGCCAGAGGUGCCGGGCCGAUGCCAGAGGACACCACCUUCCGCUGCGUGCCCUGUGGUUUCUCCACAGAGGACAAGCAGGAGUUUCUGCUGCACAUCCCCCAGCAUCGCACUGAUGGAGGUUCUCUGCAGUGUUCUCAGUGUGGGGCCUGCUUCACCUCCAUCAAUUCCCUCAGCCGCCACCGUUUCAUUACGCACCGUGUGCGAGAUGCCUCUGACCCCACUGGUUCUACCACACAGGCCCGUUCCCCAGCUGGUGCUGAUUUAGCCUCAGCCUCCUCAUCUCCAGGAUCUCCCACCACCUCGCAGCAGGGACAGGAUGCCGAAGGGCGGGUUGGCUGUAGGGUAUGUGGCCGGCGCUUCGACAAAGCCUCCGACCUCAACACCCACUUUCGGACUCAUGGCAUGGCCUUCAUCACCGCUCACAAGACUGACAAACCAGCAUAGAGAGGAGUAAGAGACAGAGACUUUGGGAUGAAAGAUUGGUUAAAUGAAGAGUGGGAUAAUGGAGAGCAGAGAGAUGAAGUUCAUUUAAAGUUAGCUGUCAUCUGUACCAAGGCACUAUGCUGUUCACUUGCAGUCUUGGAAGGCCACAGUCCAGCAGGUUUUAGUUCCACCUGGGCCCUGGACCACUUUGAGUGCUCAGACCUGCUAACUCCUUUUCUAAGGUGUUAGUACUGUAACUCCUUGAUUUGUCGCUGUUGAGGAGCUAGGUUAUGUAGAUGGGUUAAGGACAGUUCCCGCUGAAGUUACUCAAAAAGUGCUGGAUGUUUAUGCAGUGGGAAAGGAAUGUCUGGGAAGGAGCUGGAAAGAUGUGUGAGUCAGGUGUGUUCUGCAAUUCCCACCAUUACUUCGCAAGGCCCAAUAACAAUAACUUCUCGCUGAGCACUUGACGCACACAGGGUGAGAGGAACACAUUUCAGGUGGAUCUCUGUGUGCUCUGUCCUUUUUCUCGUGAUACACUUCACUUUUUUCCAUGUUCAGAUUUAUUCCGAAUUUUCUUCAAUCUGUGCCCUGAUUUGUUUUAAAACUGUACAACAAAUACAGCUACAGAAAGCCUUAAACACUGUGUCCAGACUGCAUAGCGUGUUGUAAUGCAGCCCUGGAAAUUCCCCGGUGCCAUUUAGAGUCCGGGAAUCACACUGUACCACCCGUAGUUUACCCAGUCUGAGGGACAGACAAUAUUUCACAUAGUGCAAAUAUAAAAUAUGUUUAGUUCGAGGGAUGCAGCAUGGUUUUUCUUCCGGAAAAGCGGCCAGUGCCGACGUCCACACUGCAGAAGUUAUCCACAAGAGAAUAUCUUUUAUUUAAAGCAUUGUAGCAUAAAGCAUUAUAAAGUCCAGUAUACAUGAUACUGUAUUAAUAUUUGGUUAUCUAUGGUUAAGGUACAGGAUACUAGGUAAUGUAUGAUUUUAUUAAUGCAUUUCCAUUUGGAUUCAAGCAUUAUUUAUUAGAGAAUUUCAAGCCCUCAUUUUGCCUUCAGCUGAGAUACAUCUCGGUGUUGGGUUUUUGUCAGACACUGUAUUCGUAGUACGAAAGCUGAGUGGAACUAAAACAACAAAUAUAUUUUUUUUGGAUUUUAUUAAGGCAGUCCAUAUUCACAGCGGGAGACAUGUUUUCAGUUUUGCACUUGGAUGGUUAAUUUUAACAUCACUUGAGACAGACAAGGUUCUUGUUUCUUGAAAGCUAUUCUUGCCAGAAAAAUCAAUAGGAUGUUUGCAUUCUCACAUACAUACAAAGGUGUAUUUAUUUGUUAUAAAAACACAAUGUGAAGUAGAUUUGCACUCUAAAUGGGGGGGGGGGGUCCUCACUGUCUCUGUUCCUUACAAGUUUUGACUCAAAAAUGUCCAUGUCCACUCAAGUAGAAUCACAUUCUGUGUAAUUUGUCUUUUAGUGCAGAAUGUAUUAAAAAAGGUGCAGUUGACUGUGAAUUAGCUGUUUUUUUUUUUUUCCUGGAAAGUUAUGUAACAUUUGAAAAAUAUCUUUGUGUGGGUUUGGGUGACCCAGAAUAUCAAUGUGCUUCACAAUGUGGAAACUUCCCUAUAAUUAUUCUCAGUAGCUGUAAAUCAAAAGGAGCUGAGUGUGUUGUAUUUUUAAGUCUACAAGGGAGUUUUUAAAUUGUAUAUUAUAAUGAAAAGUAUUAAGACUUGUUUGGAAACACUGCAGGUAAGGGGGGUGGGGGGGUGUUUAAUAACUGUAAAAGAAAAAAAUUCUUUUUUAUAUUUUUAGUCUCCUUUAGUUACAGAAUCAGUGCUAGUCAUAAACUACAUUUCCUCUAUCCAACUUAAAUGUGUGCCCCUGGAAUGUUUCACAUUUUUUUUUAACCAGAUGUGAUGUUUAUGUAGAAAAAAUAUCUUGUUUCUUUUUGGUUCAUCUGUCUUUGCUUCAUUGCCACUUGGCUGUAAUUAUCAGUUUGCGUAGAAUUAGACCUGGCUGUUUCUGAAAUAAAAUGCAUUAAUAAACGCACUGUUUUCACAGUAGUGUAAUGUGCCCAUUCCUGUGCGAGGAGAUGGCUUGUAGCUGUGUCUGCUGGCUUUCGUGGCAUCAUAGCCAGGUAGCCACAGGAACCCUUUGAUAUUUUGUGUUCUUGCUGUUAUUUAUGGCUCUAUACUUUCUAUCUGUAAAUUUGCAAUGGUUUUAGUAACACUUUCAAGAUACCUGUUGACAGGAUGCUGCACGAGUGUAUUUAUUAAAUUUUCAGAAUUUAGAUAGGUUUAAAAAUAGGGUAAAAUUUAAUUUAAUAGACUAUUCCAGUGUACAUUAAGCAAUCCUGCAAAGACACAGGAUAGUACAACACAACAGCUAUAAGACAUCAUUCCUCACUCUGUGGGUAAACAACUGGCCGACAACCUGAAUGUGCAUUGCUGCAGGUUUGAAAAGGCUGGUCUUACACUUCACACCCACUGCAAUCGACUAUUAACACCUCCUGCCCCCCUCUCCCAUUACUCAAACUGCUCUACUCUAAGGAUCUGUAAAGAGGAUGUGUGCUGGGGUCUUCCAGAAACAGAAGACAAGGAAAGCACCAGGACCUGACGGCAUCUCACCUGCCUGACAAAGUCUGUCCUGACCAGCUGUCACCCAUCUUCACCCAGAUCUUCAAGAGAUCACUGGAGCAAUGCAAAGUCCCCUCCUGCCUCAAACACUCCACCAUCAUCCCAGUCCCAAAGCAAUCCAAGAUUACAAGGCUAAAUGACUACAGACCUGUUGCUUUGACGUUGUAGUCACGAAGUCAUUCGAGAGGCUGGGGUUGGCCUACUUGAAGGACAUUGCUGGACCCCUGCUGGAUCCCCUUCAGUUUGCCUACAGGGAUGAUGACAGUCAACAUGGAACUGCACCUCAACCUGCAACGCCUUGACAGAGGGACUUAUGCAAGGGUCCUAUUCGUGGACUUCAGUUUGGCGUUUAAGACAGUCAUCCCUGACGUCCUUCAGUCAAAUUAAUUAGCAGUUUUCUGUGCUCACUACCAUCUGUCAGUGGCUCACCAACUUCCUGACAGACAGCAAUUGGUGAGGCUAGAGAAAUUCACUUCCAGCACCUGCACAAUCAGCACUGGUGCUCCUCAGGGGUGUGUGCUCUCCCCACUACCGUUCUCCCCGCACACAAAUGACUGUACCUCCAAGGACCCCUCCGUUAAGCUCCUGAAGUUUGCAGACGACACCACAGUUACAGGCCUCAUCCCGGACGGUGACAAGUCUGCGUUACAGGAGGGAGGUUGAACAGCUGCCUGGCUGGUGCAGUCAAAACAUCCUUGAGCUGAACACACUCAAAACAGUGGACAUGAUUGUAGACUUCAAAAGGAACCCCCCUGCACUCCCCCCCGACCAUUCUCAACAGCUCCAUGUCAGCCAUGGAGUCCAUCAGGUUCCUGGGUCCUACCAUCUCCCAGGACCUGAAGUGGGACACCCAUCUU